AUGGAAGCAGGGGAAGGUGGUGCCCCGUCUGGGAAGAAGGAGAACAGACGGAGCAGAAAGCUCAAGAAGAGCGACCAGGCACACGAAGCUGAUGCUAUCGAAACCACCCCCACACUUGAUGCAGGCUACACUGCUUUGGCAACGGCAGCGCAAGCCAGCGAGGACGAAUCCUCCGAAGACGAGGCGCGAGUUCUUGUGCAGGAGCAACGGCCCUUCUGCGCUGCUGGCCCGGACUGUUCGAUCGUGGAGGCCGAGCACUAUGUGACGUACCGCCACACGGCCCUCAACAGGAAGGAGCGGAGGGAGAUGGAAGAGCGCAAGGUGGCGGCGCAGGAGGCCGAAACGACCACCGCCCUGAGGGAGAAGAGGGCGUCGGGGCGGUGGAUGGAGCUGUUCGGCCGGCGGAAGAACACCCUCGACAAGGACAAGGAAAAGGACAAGGACAAGCCGAAGCGGCGGGAGAAGGACGAGCAAGCGCAUGACCACAGGGACCAGGGCGCGCGGGAGGAAGAGGGCGAAAAGGAGGGGUCGCUCGUGGCGGCCACGAGCGCGCAGCCGAGCGAGGCUUCGCCCACGAAAGGGAAGGACGGCCAGGGCAGCUCGCAGAGCGGCUUCACACUGAUGAAGAUCUUUGGCGGCAAGAAGGGGGAGACCAGCGAAGCCACGAGCGCGGAAGAGUAA